GGCGCGGCUUGGAGCGCGCCACUGCGCAGCCGCGGGAGGGCGGUACCACGCCGGCUGCGACAUGGGGGGGCGCGGAGCAGACGCCGGAAGUAGCGGUGGUACGGGUCCUACCGAGGGGUACUCACCGCCGGCUGUGUCCACCAGAGCUGCGGCGAGAGCUAAGGCCCGAGGGGGUGGGCGUGGCGGCCGCCGAAACACAACAUCCUCUGUUUCUUCUCGUGGAGCAGCGCCGCGUCGCUCGCCUCCAUCGGCUGCCAUGAGCGAGCGCCUCCGCCCCAGGAAAAGGAGAAGGAAUGGCAACGAAGAAGACCACCACCUCCCCCCGCAGACCAAAAGGAGUAGUAGGAACCCGGUCUUUCACGAUUCCUGGGACACAGAGACAGUACCUGUAACGAGAAACAGUAAAGAAAACAGACUAAGAGGAAACAAAGUGCUCUGCGCGUCUUCAAGCAGUGACAGUGGUGGCAGCAGCAGCAGCAUCAACAGCCCGGACAGGGCCAGCGGUCCAGAAAACAGCCUGAGCCCCCUUGCCACCGGCUCCAGCCCCGACACCCCACAGCCCGCGCCCGAGCAGUCCGCGCUGUGCCAAGGCCCUUACUUCCAUAUCAACCAGACCCUGAAGGAGGCCCACUUUCACAGCCUCCAGCACCGAGGACGGCCUCCGACAUGAUGUGCCGGCAGUUUCUUGCCUUCUGUGAAGGGACAGCGCUGUGCAGAUUUGAUAUUUCAACUUACGAUGUUUUAAAAAAAUUGCACAAAAAAAUGCCUGUUGGCUUUUCAGUCUAUAUUUGAAAUUACAGGUUAACAGGCAGUUGUUUACUUGUGGUUUUGCUGCACUAUUGCGAUUUCAAAGGGGCUUUGAAGCAGUUUUUUAUAGGAUCCUUUUGAGGGUGGGUAUCAAAUCCACAUCGAGGUAAUAGGAAGAGGAAAUCUCAUCUACGUGUUGAAUCCAUAGUUUGUCCAGUUCAGACUGAUUUCCAGAUGUGUCAAUUAGAAAUCCUACUUUAUGUAAAAAGGCCUUUUAACAAUGCGGGCUCUUCAAUUUUUUAAAUUCAAUAAACUAGUAAAGAAUAUCUAGUUUCCAUGAAAAAAAAACCUAAGUUUUUUUUUUUCCAAACUAUAGAAAGCUUGAUUCAGUCUUGCACUGAAAUUAACUGCCAUGCUACCUCUUAGUAUGUAGAUGUCCUGUUGAAAGUACUCUCCUUUGUGACAGGAGAACAAUCAGAUCCACGUUAGACUGUGUAAGUGAGCACCCUCCCUGAUAACUGUCUUCUCUCUCUGUUAUAUAUUUGUAUUUCCAGAGAGAAGGUCUCUCAGACUCUUGGAUACCCAGGUAACCUGUUACCGUUAUUCCUCCAGAGCCUACAUCUCAGACUUAGAAAACAUUGCUUAGUUCCAACAGUCAAGAAAUACAUAGUGACUUUUUGUCUCACUCACAAACUUGUCCAGUGGCAGCUUAUGUGAUCUCAUUGAUAAUUCCACCUUGUAGUGGCGACAGUGAACGCGCUGGUGAAUGCUGACAAAGCGUAAGCUAUCCGGACUGAUGUCUGACGUCACAAGUGUCGUGAAACUAUUGGACAAGGAUUCACUUUAUGCUUAAAGUAACCCCUGAUGGUAACUAGGGGGCCACAUUCCAUCACCGAAACUGGAAGGACUAGUGUGGCUUAGAAACAAAUGAGCAGACGCACCUGUAGAAGAAAUAACGCAGUAUUUAUUUGCAGAAAGAUGGAUCGUUCUGUUCCCGUGUCAUUUAGUCAUACUAGAGAGCCACCCAAGUUUGAAUAACGAAGGCGUAGACGAGUCUUCUUCCUCAGUGACAAGCUGUCUGAACAAGGAGCCGGGAUGCACCGGGUCAUCUGCUCGGGAGAGUGCCGGGGGGACAACCUGCCAUUGUAUGUAGAGGAAAGUGCCUUAGAGUCUGCCCGAACCCUCCUGCCUGCUCUCACCCUCCAUUCCACUCGGAGUCCACACAGCACACACGGCAGGUCUGAGAAGCGCGGAAAGCUCUAGUAAGGGGGCUCUGCUCCUUGUAUUUGAAAAGGACAUGGGGGACAGCAUGACAUUUUAUUGCGACAGAACUGCAUAUGGAAAGAGGGUAAACGUAUGUGCCUCCUUUCCAUGGUUUGUUCCUCUAAUAUAGGUAGAGCUGAAAGGUCAGUUGCUUGAAGGAGAAAUGAAGACUCACAGGGGAAGUUACUGCAUAGGCCCAUGCUUAACAGAGUGCUUUAUGCAAGAACCUUUUCUUUUUUUAACUACCAUCUCCCAAGUUUUGAAACCAGAUGUUUGAUGAGGAUUUUGGAUCUUAAUGGGUUUGAUGGCAGGGAAUAUAGGAAGGAUACACUGCUAAUAUUUUAUCUCACAAGAAAGCAAACAGCAGCUAAAUGCUGUGAGAAGACAAGCUGUUUGAGCUCUCAAACACACGCGUACACAACACAACUCAGAAAUACCCAGGAGGACUCCCGCGGGCUUAAUGAAUGGCAGCCUACUGAAAGAAAACGUGUAUUAACAACAUGUAAAACUUGAGAAAGCAAAUUUCCUUUUAUUUCCCACCCAACUAAAAGAAAGAUGAAACCAUCACUGAAACAAAACAGUUUUUUUUCCAAAUAAGUACAAUCAUAGUGCUGGGUUAGCAGUUAACUCUUUUACCCUGUUGAACACACGAAAUAAUCUCCAUCCUGUUCUGCAUAUUUUCUACAGCCUUGGCAGCCUGAGAUGUGUUUCUGUUAUGAGGCUGCUUGAUAGUGUAAAUGGGCAUCUUUUAAAACUAUUAGCUCAAGCUAGUAACACUGUGUACUUCUAUAUUGCGCCGCCAUUAAAAGCAGCAUUAGUGCAUCCUGUCA